UCGCGGGGCUGAGAGAGGCACAGGAGGGCUGACGACACACAGGCUCGCGGUGCUUUUUCGCUCGUCACGCCGCCGGCGAACCAUCUGUCAACCGAAGAAGAGGAACGAGACCGCUGUCAUCGUGAGAAGAGAACCAGCCGCUGCUGGAUCUCCCGACCCGGACACCUGUCAGUCAAGACUCGUGGUUGAACACGAACUCGGAGCGUACGUGCGCAGCAGGCGACAGAGACAGUAGCCAGCGAUGGGCUCUGCCGAGCUGGAGGCGAUGGCGGGCGCCGGCGGCGGCGCCAAGCCGCGCCGCCGGCGCCGCUGCCCGCCGAACGUGAUGCGCGAGUACCGGCCGCCGCCGCCGCCCGUCAACAACGCUGUGCGCGGCUGCGCCUCCUCCGACCCGGCCACCGUCAGCGAGUGCGACUCGGCGGCGCUCGAUGACGCCGCCUCCGCCGCCGCUGCCGGCGACCACCUGCGCGCCGGCCUGACCAAGUCGACCACCCGCGACAGCAAUGGCAACCAGCGGGUGCGGACGCCGCUCUGCAAGGAGCUGACAGUCAGCCCGGACUAUGUUCGCCCGCACCGGCUGGACGUGCUGCUGGACAUGCCGUCGGCGCCGCACGACACGCAGCAGAAGCACGCCUGGAACGCCGACGACCGCAGCCUCAACGUCUUCGUCAAGGAGGACGACCGGAUGACGUUCCACCGGCAUCCGGUGGCGCAGAGCACCGACUGCAUCCGCGGCCUGGUCGGCUUCGAGCGGGGCCUGCACGUCUGGGAAAUCCACUGGUCGAGUCGGCAGCGCGGCACGCACGCGGUCGUCGGCGUGGCUACGGCCGACGCGCCUCUCCACUCCACAGGCUACCAGAGUCUGGUGGGCGCCACGGAGAGCAGCUGGGGCUGGGACCUGGGCCGCAACAAGGUCUACCACAACUCCAAGAACAACGAGGGCGUGACGUAUCCCAGCAUCCUGAGUGACGCCGACCUCAACAGCACCUUCAUGGUACCCGACAAGUUCAAAGUGAUACUGGACAUGGACGAGGGCACGCUCGCCUUCAUGGUGGACGGCCAGUACCUGGGCGUGGCCUUCCGCGGCCUCAAGGGCAAGAAGCUGUACCCGAUCGUGUCGGCUGUGUGGGGCCACUGUGAGAUCACCAUGAAGUACAUCAACGGCCUGAGCCCGGAGCCGCUGCCGCUGGCCGACCUGUGCCGACGGGCCAUCCGCCAGCAGCUGGGCCGUCAGCGGCUCGGUCGCCUGAAGGAGCUGAACCUGCCGGCGGCCGUCAACAACUACCUGCUCUACAAGGACCGGCGGUGAGCGUGCUGCCGUCGCCGCCGCCGCCGCCGCCGCCCUUUCCGCCGCCGCCGCCACCGCCAGCGCCUCUUCCCCCUCCUCGCUCCCUCGGCCUGGCCUUCUCAGGUGGAUCUCAGUUGGGGCUCUGGUGGACAGUGUGGGCGCGUGCCGCGGGAGUGCCGGUCGUUUUACGUUCGGAUGCGUCUCGCGAUUCUUCCACGCUUGUUUGAAACGACUUUUGCCCGCAAAUGGGUUUUUAUAUCGGAUGAUUUUCACGGUCUUAUCGAAUGGAUUGGUCAGUGUGUGGGGCGCCGCGAGGCAGCCUUUUAUGCAGCCCUGAUACUAGAUCUGUUAUUGUGUACCAUUUGCGGCGAAGUGCUAGCGUAAUUGUGCACGGGCGAGUUUGAUACAUAAUGGGGUCUAUCUGUUCAUAGUUGGUGCGCGAGGCCGGGCUGGCGUGCCGGCCCAGCUGCCGUGAGCCAUACUCUGUGUAGGAUCUUGUGUUGUGAUAUAUACCUUGUUUGCAAUUGGGAGGCAGCGCCGCGCGGCCAGACGGCCGCCGGCUGGAGAGCGCGUCUCUUGCGCUUGUCCAUCGGUAUUUUACCCGCCCUGCUCAGCACCAGCGCCUGGGUUUCGGGCGGGCGCGGUCACCGCCCGCCGCCGCCGCCCUGUACAUAUCGUGUCGCGCAGCCAGCGGCCACCAUCGGCCACCAUCCGCCAGCGGCCGCCAUCGGCCGCAUCUGGGGCAUUAUGUGUCAUACGUACGUGUACAAAGCGCCGGCCACCGGCACGUACGACACGCCUGUACAGCCUCAGUUUGUUCUGUUUGUAUUGACAAUAAACACCAAAACCCCGCU